AUGGCGCCCGACAAUUCUUCCCACGCAGACUUGAUCCGCGCACUUCGCAACACCCUCAUCAACCUUUCCGAAAAUCCAUAUCCUCACGUUUCGAAUCCAGAGAACUGUAAGAAACGCGCCUCUGUUGCCCUCAUUCUCCGCGUCCGUCAGUCUUUUCACGACGAUCCCGCGCGCGCGACUCCUCGGUCGCUCGAACAGUUCUUCGAACAAGAAUGGGUACAACGCGGAGACCCGGAAGCCAUUUUCAUCAAGAGGGCAGCUAGACAAGGAGAUCGAUGGACCAGCCAUGUAGCUCUGCCGGGUGGGAAGAGGGAUGCUGAGGAUGCAGAUGAUAGAGCUGUUGCGAUUCGAGAAACUGCGGAGGAGAUUGGGCUGGAUCUCAACUCUCCCAAUGCUCUCUUCGUAGGGAAUCUCCCAGAAAGGGUUGUCAGCACAUCUUGGGGGAAAGUUCCUAUCAUGGUGCUCUGUCCGUUCGUUUUCCUCUGGACUCAACCCGACGUACCUCCUCUCAAACUUCAACCCAACGAAGUCGCAUCAACGCACUGGGUUCCUCUACGAAUACUGCUAUCUCCCUCGUCACGAACAUCCGAAUACACCGAUGUGUCGGACAGGUUCACGCGACAAGGAGGGCCGGUGAUGAAGACAUUGGUCCGUUCAAUGGUGGGACAUAUGCGAUUCUCUGCCAUUAGGCUUAUCCCUUCCGAGUCUUUGUUUUGCAGUUCGACUGCUGAAUUCUUCGCCGACGAUGCACCUCUCUCACACACAUGGCACGCACAAAUGCGCAGGUGGUGGUUUGGGAGCAAUGCCGUUUCGCCGGAAACGCGACCACUUCUGCUAUGGGGACUUACUCUUGGGAUGUUAGCAGACUUCCUAGAACAACUACCUCCACAUAAUGCAAUCGAGCUUUGGUCAUAUCCAACAUUUACUACUUGGGAUGUCAGAUUCAUUAUCCAUCUCCUAACUAGGUCUCUCAAGCGGGAAAACGAGGCAAGAUUGGGAGUUAGUCAAACAGCUAUGGACGGUGAGACUCAAGCACUUGCAACGAAUUCCGACAUAUCAAGCGCGGGUAGGCGGAAUGAGAAAGUAACACCUACACUGAAAGGCAAAAAUCAAACAAGAUCGUAUGCCGUUGGAAUUAUGCUGGAGGGGUACUACGACCUGGCAAGGCAGGGGGUGUGGAUUGCUACAGGCGUAAGAGUCGCAGUCCUUGCUAUGGCGGUAUACUUGGUGGCUCCGAAGCUUGUAUCACGGUAUUUUCAGUAG